CUGCUAUCAUACCAUACCAUACAAUACCAUGCCAUACAAUAUCACCUACUCUAAUACCCAUACAUUGCUAUUCACGCUCCUGCCUCGGCAUGCUUGGACAACCUACCUACCUACUUUGCUUUGGUCUAUGUUAUGUCUCUACACGGCGUCUACUCACAUAUGUACCAUCACUGCCCCGGUGGCUGCGUCUCACAUGUCUUUCUGCUAUGGGUCUUAGGGAGACGAGGGUGCAUGGACGCCCCGGGCUGUGCUGGGCGGGCAUACUGCUAUGGCGUCUUUUUUCUCUCACGUCACGCUGGUUACCGUUGGCGUCGCUUUUUUUUCGCGACUUGGCUAUGCUCUUCUUGUUCUUCUUUUCGGUUUCUUGCAGGCGACGUGGGAUCUCGGCUGUUGCUUUGCUGAGCGGCGCGGACGGCUUUGUGGUUCUGCGAAUGGGAAGGGAUUCUUACACGUGCGCAGCGCUUUUGGGUCGCUUUGGCGCGCGAGAUUUAGGGAGGCGUGUGUUGGUUGUUGACUUGUGUCAGCUUCGGUGGUUUAGCUUGCGCGAGUCCGCGUGUACGUGAGAACCAGCACAUUGUUCUCUUUCCAGGAGUG